GGGCUCGGCCGCCAGCGACCGAGCGGGGCCCGGCCCGAGCGGGGCCUGGGGGUGCGACGCCGAGGGCGGGGGAGCGCGCGCCGCUGCUCCGGACCGGGCCGCGCGCGCCGCCUCAGGAACCGUCACCCUUGCCGGGACCUGAUAGAAACCCCUGCCAGCUACGGGGCACCUGUCCUCCGCGGCCUUGGCUCUCCAGUACGACCGGGACUUUGAAGUGUGACGGUCCCUCGGCUGCAGCCAUGGGGUCUGAGGAUCACGGGGCCCAGAACCCGAGCUGUAAAAUCAUGACGUUCCGCCCAACCAUGGAAGAAUUUAAGGACUUCAACAAAUACGUGGCCUACAUCGAGUCCCAGGGAGCCCACCGGGCGGGCCUGGCCAAGAUCAUCCCCCCAAAGGAGUGGAAGCCGAGGCAGACGUACGAUGACAUCGACGACGUGGUCAUCCCGGCCCCCAUCCAGCAGGUGGUGACGGGCCAGUCGGGCCUCUUCACACAGUACAACAUCCAGAAGAAGGCCAUGACGGUCGGGGAGUACCGCCGCCUGGCCAACAGCGAGAAGUAUUGCACCCCGCGGCACCAGGACUUCGACGAUCUGGAGCGCAAGUACUGGAAGAACCUCACCUUCGUCUCCCCCAUCUACGGGGCCGACAUCAGCGGCUCCCUGUAUGAUGACGACGUGGCCCAGUGGAACAUCGGGAGCCUGCGGACCAUCCUGGACAUGGUGGAGCGCGAGUGCGGCACCAUCAUCGAGGGCGUCAACACCCCCUACCUGUACUUCGGCAUGUGGAAGACCACCUUCGCCUGGCACACGGAGGACAUGGACCUUUACAGCAUCAACUACCUGCACUUUGGGGAGCCCAAGUCCUGGUACGCCAUCCCGCCGGAGCACGGCAAGCGCCUGGAGCGGCUGGCCAUCGGGUUCUUCCCCGGGAGCUCCCAGGGCUGUGACGCCUUCCUGCGGCACAAGAUGACCCUCAUCUCGCCCAUCAUCCUCAAGAAGUACGGGAUCCCGUUCAGCCGGAUCACGCAGGAGGCCGGGGAGUUCAUGAUCACGUUCCCCUACGGCUACCACGCCGGGUUCAAUCACGGGUUCAACUGCGCGGAAUCUACCAACUUCGCCACCCUGCGGUGGAUCGAUUACGGCAAGGUGGCCACUCAGUGCACGUGCCGGAAGGACAUGGUCAAGAUCUCCAUGGACGUCUUCGUGCGCAUCCUGCAGCCAGAGCGGUACGAGCUGUGGAAGCAAGGCAAGGACCUCACGGUGCUGGACCACACCCGGCCCACAGCCCUGAGCAGCCCCGAGCUGAGCACCUGGAGCGCCUCCCGGGCCUCACUCAAGGCCAAGCUCCUGCGCAGACAAAUUAGUCUGAAAGAAAACAGACACUGGAGAAAGACUGAGGAGGACAGAAAGGCCAGUCUAGAAAGGAAGAAAGAGCAGACCAGGAGGCCGGGGCCGCCGUCCCACCGGAAACGAAGCCAGCCCAAGAAGCCCAAGCCAGAAGACCCCAAGUCCCCAGGGGAGGGGGCCGCCGGGGCCGCCCUCCUGGAGGAGGCUGGCGGCUUGAAGGAGGAGACCUCACAGGAGGCCGACCCCGAGGAGGAAGAGGAGGAGCCCCAGCCGACGCCACCGCAGGGCCGGGAGGCCGAGGCCACAGAAGCCUCCCGCCACGUCAGGCUCCACAUUCGCAGGACGCGGGCAUCUUUGGGGACCGUGAUUCCACCAGACAUUUGCUCAUCCGUUCAGUUUUCUCUGAUGUGCUGGCCCCCAGUUAAAACACCACUGAAGACACCCCUGGCCUGCCUCCCGCCCUGCCCUGCCACCUGCCGGAGACCCCCCAGCACCGGCCCUCGGGGGUGGCCCUCCAGGCCCAGCAGGCUCUCCAGUUCUGCUCAAGCGACCACUUUUCACGAAGACGGAAGGGGCAAGCUGCGGCCAGCCAAGGCCAAGACCGACAGGAAGAAAAAGAGCUAUGGUCCCCUGCACCCCCACCACGCCCUCUUGCCCCAGCUGCCGCCGCCCCCACCCACCCAGUUCCCCGCCGAGGAGGCACCCAGGCUGCCACCCCUGCUGGAGUCCCCAGCGCUGGCCCCGGGCCCCGCACCAGCCGAGGAGAACCCGCCCCCACCGCCUCUCAACGUCGUGCCCCCCGAGGCACCUGGCGAGGAGCCAGAGGUGAAGCCACGCCCCAUCAUCCCCAUGCUGUAUGUGGUGCCGCGGCCCAGCACGCUGUGUGACAAGGGCCGCGUGUCCUGCCAGCAGGCCUUUGAGCACUUUGCCCAGAGGGGCCCCACCUGGAAGGAACAGGCGGCCCCCAUGGAGCUGACGGGUCCCGAGGAGGAUAGCAGAGCCGGCGAGGUGCAGGCACCGUCCACAUUUUCCAAAUUGAAGAUGGAAAUCAAGAAAAGCAGACGCCACCCCCUGGGCAAGCCACCCACCCGCUCCCCGCUGACCGUGGUCAAGCAGGAGGCCUCGAGUGACGAGGAAGCCUUCCCUUUCUCCGGGGAGGAGGACAUGAGUGGCCCCGAGGCCUUGAGGUCUUUGCUCUCCCUGCAGUGGAAGAACAAGGCUGCCGGUUUCCAGGCCGAGAGGAAGUUCAACGCGGCGGCCGCCCUGACCGAGCCCUACUGCGCCAUCUGUACUCUCUUCUACCCUUACACCCAGUCCCUACAGACCGAGAAGGAGGCUCCCCAGGCCUCUCUCGGGGAGGGUCCCUCGGUGGCUCCCCCUUCCAAAAGUGGCCAGAAGACACGGCCGUUGAUCCCCGAGAUGUGCUUCACGUCCGGCGGUGAGAACACGGAGCCCCUUCCCGCCAACUCCUACAUCGGCGACGACGGGACCAGCCUGCUGAUCGCCUGCGCCAAGUGCUGCCUGCAGGUUCAUGCCAGUUGCUACGGCAUCCGCCCCGAGCUGGUCAACGAGGGCUGGACGUGUUCCCGGUGCACGGCCCACGCCUGGACUGCGGAGUGCUGCCUUUGUAACCUCCGGGGCGGAGCCCUGCAGAUGACCACCGACCGCAGGUGGAUCCACGUGAUCUGUGCCAUCGCGGUCCCCGAAGUGCGCUUCCUGAACGUGAUGGAGCGCCACCCUGUGGACAUCAGCGCCAUCCCCGAGCAGCGGUGGAAGCUGAAAUGCGUGUACUGCCGGAAGCGGAUGAAGAAGGUGUCAGGAGCCUGCAUCCAGUGCUCCUGUGAGCACUGUUCCACCUCCUUCCACGUGACCUGCGCCCACGCCGCCGGGGUCCUCAUGGAGCCUGACGACUGGCCCUACGUUGUCUCCAUCACCUGCUUCAAGCACAAGUCAGGGGGCCACACCGUCCAGUUCCUGAGGGCCGUGUCCUUGGGCCAGAUGGUCAUCACCAAGAACCGCAACGGGCUCUAUUACCGCUGCCGGGUCAUCGGCACCAGCACGCAGACCUUCUACGAAGUCAACUUUGACGAUGGGUCCUACAGCGACAACCUGUACCCGGAGAGCAUUACCAGUAGGGACUGUGUCCGGCUGGGACCCCCACCCGAGGGGGAGUUUGUUGAGCUUCGGUGGGCGGAUGGCAACAUGUACAAGGCCAGGUUCAUUUCCUCCGUGACGAGCCACGUCUAUCAGGUGGAGUUCGAGGACGGGUCCCAGCUGAUGGUGAAGCGCGGGGACAUCUUCACCCUGGACGAGGAGCUCCCCAAGAGGGUCCGGUCGCGGCUGUCGCUCAGCACGGGGGCACCUCAGGAGAACACCUUCUCGGGAGAGGAGGUGAAGGCCGCCAAGCGCCCGCGGGUGGGCACCCCACGCGCCCCCGAGGACUCAGGACGGAAUCCGGACUACCUAGCGUUCAUGGAGAGCCUCUUGCGGGCGCAGUGCCGGCCCGGGGCCCCCUUCUAGGACAGCCGGCCGCCCGGCGACCCCUCGGCCCAGCAAGGCAGGCGGCGGCCGGCCCUGGCGUUUGCUUGCUGUGAAUUCCUGUCCUCGCCUCCCCGGCCCCCCGAGAGGCUACCUCUGCGCGGCCGCCCCCGCUCUGCGGCGACAGGAGCCAGCAGGACGCCGGCACGCGGCCCCCGGACUCAGGGAGCAGGGCCACGCGGGCUCUGGGGGGGGCCGGCCGGGGACUCGCGCCACCCCCACGACUCAGAUUCGUAAACCAUGUAAGCUCUUCUCGAAAAGGUGCUACUGCUUUGCCUGCCUCCUGAGCAGCCUUGGAGGUUGUGACUUCUGUACAUACGUGACCUUUGUGAGGCUCUUUCUAGAAAUACCUGUUGUUUAAAAAAACACGAGGAAAAAAAGGAAAACAAAGAAAAGGAAAAAAAAUCCCCAAAGUUGUUUUCUAGAUUUGUGGCUUUAAACACGAAACAAAACAAAACACAAACGUUCUUUUUUUUCCAGAACCAAGAUACGCUGAGGGAGAUAAAAGCAUCUCGGGAUUUUUGUUGGCUUGUUGGCUUGUUGGUCAUUGUUUUAAAACCUCGCUUGUCUGCGCACCAGCGGCAGGCAGGGAGGUGCCCCGCAUGCGGGGAGGCCCGGUGGCACCUGGGAGGUGACAGGGUGACAGGCGUCGGCCCGUCCCUCCUCUCUCCGGGACUUGGCGAAGGUCUGGGCGGCCGGCCCUGCCUGCUCCCUCUGGGGGCGACCACCGGCUGCAGGGGUCGCAGAGCCCUUUUCCGGUCCACGCGCGCCUUCGCGAAAUAAACACGCUCUCUCCUGGUUUGUUCCCUCUCCUGCUUCUUCCCCUCGUGACUGCGCUGCCGCGCUGCCGGCCCGGGGCUUCCGCUGUUUGCAAAAGGCUCCGUGUCCCCAGGGCGUCCCCCUCCCGGCCGUGUGCGUGGCCGGGCGUCUGUUCACCGACAAGCGUGGGUGACAUCCGUGGCUGUCUGGGGAGGGAGGAUGUGAAACCAGCCACCUCUCCUCCCCGCCCCCCCCCCCCCCACCCCGUGGCCCAAGUCCGGGGGUUCCCCGUGGCCCCAGGCCCUGGCCGCUGCCCCACCGGCGCAGGGGUGCCUGCCUUGGACCCCGAGGGGCCAAUGGCAUCCGCGUCUUGCUUGGGAGACGUGGGUCUGUGCGUCUGGGGGACGCUGAUGUCAGCACGGAGGAACCGUGAUUUCCGAGGCGUGCUUGUGAGGGGCUUUGGGCCCCGCCCACCUGCCCCGGGGAGCCUCGCCCACCGCGGCGGCCCCUGCCGUCCUGCCCAGGGAUUGCCGGCAGAAUCUGCUCGUGUAAAAAAAAAAAAAAAAAAAAUUAAAAAGAAUGUUCUGCUGGUUGCCCGGCCAGAAGGAACUAUAUAAGGAGAACAGAAAAGAUGUAAAUGAGCCGAGAACCUUGCGUUUCGUUGGUGGGGGCGGGGGGCAGGUGCCCUGGAGGGGGCGGGGGCGGGAGGUGCCGCGGGGAGCCCGCCGGAUGUGGGGGUCCCCCUCUGCAUGCGGCAGCCCCGCGGGGCGCCGGCACUGUGUUCAUAUGUAGUUUGAAAAUGCUAUUUAUAUUGUAAAGGGAACAGGAGGAAGGGGGCUGGCCCUCGGGCGGAGGGGUGGGCCAGACCCAGGCAGGGUCUCUCUGGGUCUGGGUCUGGGUCUGGGUCUGGGUCUGGGUCUGGGUCUGGGGCGACGUGCAGACAGGCCGCGGCCCCGCGAAGGGGAAACGCACAUUUCCCCACCAACGUAUACCCGUGUCUAUGUACAAAAACGAAAAACCAAGCCACCCGCCCUGAUUUUGCUCCCACCCAAGAUUAAGGAUGCGCUGUAUUUUUGCCUAAUUUCCCCUGCCUCUAGGUUCAUAAUGAAUUAAAGGCUCGUGAGCACUGCGAAACAGA